UCCACCAUCCGUGCCUUCAUCACCUCCACCUCUCACUCCGACUAUAAUGACCUUAAAGUUCCCACUUACUAUUUCUUCUCUUCCGGUGCUUCGGCACUUGCCUCCAUCCUCUAUUUGCCCACCACUGACGACCUAUACCCAAAGCUUCAAGGAUAUCCCAACAACUCACCUUCACAUUCCCGGGUUACCACCGAUUCUUGCCUCCCACAUGCCUCAGCCUCUACUCGACCGAACCAACUCGGCCUACCAUUACUUCCUUCAACUAGCAACCCAGCUCCCCAAGGCACACGGAAUUAUAGUUAACACAUUUGAAUCCCUUGAGCCAAGAGCUCUCAAAGCUAUUGCUGAUGGGUUGCCGGUUUAUAGCAUCGGACCUAUGACAGCCAAUGCUGAGGAUCGAACUCAUGCUAGUGAUAAUGAUUUGGGAUUUGCGGCUGAGUGUUUAUCAUGGCUCGACUCGCAACCGAGUCAGAGCGUUGUAUUCUUGUGUUUCGGAAGUCGACGCGAGUUCUCCACGACUCAAGUGAAGGAGAUUGCUAUAGGAUUAGAGAAGAGCGGUCACAGGUUCUUGUGGGUGGUGCGCGGCCGAGAUGAUUCUGAUUUAGGUUUGUUGCUGCCAGAAGGAUUUCUGGAUCGGACUAGAGAGAGGGGUAUGGUGGUGAAGUCAUGGGCACCACAAGCUGCGGUGCUGAAUCGGGAAUCGGUGGCUGGGUUCGUAACUCACUGUGGGUGGAACUCAAUAUUGGAAGCGGUGUGUGCAGGGGUGCCUAUGAUAGCAUGGCCUCUAUAUGCAGAGCAGCAUCUGAACAGGGUUAUAUUGGUGGAAGAGAUGAAGGUGGCAAUGACCAUGGAGGAAGGUGAAGAUGGGCUGGUGAGUGCAGUAGAAAUUGAGAAGCGAGUGAGAACGUUGAUGGACUCGGAAGAAGGCGCAAUGCUCAGAGAAAAGAGUAGACAAAUGAGAGAGAAGGCCUUGGCUGUAUGGGAAGAGAGGGGCUCUUCUGUUGCGGCCCUUGACCGAUUGGCCGAGUUAUGGAAGGGAAGAUAA